GUCUACCAGCUGUGGUUAAUGGGGGGAACGUUGUCUUCACUGGGAACAGAAAGGGGAACUGUAAAUGCAAACAUGUUUUACUAGGAAGAGCUUCAGCCAGUUCUCAGCACUGUUUUCACCUGACCACACAGUGCCCUGUGUUCCCGGCUUCCUCUAUGCUCUGACCAGCUCUGAAAACCAAACACAGAAGAGGCUGGAGAAGGAAACGAGCGGUGUCUGGAACAGCAAAGAGGGAACAGGUGAGCUGACCCUCUGUGACUGGGCUCCAGCCUCAGACCCUGCUGCCACAAGGGACUUCCGUGCUGGUGAGAUGACCCAGAGGGCUGGGGCUCCCGGGCUGCCUUCAGCUCUGCUCCUUCUCUGUGUCCCAGGCUGUCUGACUGUGAGUGGCCCCAGCACCGUGAUGGGCACCGUGGGGUCAUCCCUGAGUGUGCAGUGUCGGUAUGAAGAGAAAUACAAGAUGUUUAACAAAUACUGGUGCCGACAACCAUGCUUGCCAUUUUGGCAUGAAACUGUGGAGACCACAGGAUCUGAGACAGUGGUGAGGAGUGACCGAGUGAUCAUCACGGACCAUCCUGGGGACCGCACCUUCACCGUGACCUUGGAGAACCUCACGGCAGAAGACGCAGGAAAAUACCGAUGUGGGAUUGCGACAAUACUGCAGGAAGACGGCCUGUCCGGCCUCCUGCCCGAACCCUUCUUCCAGGUUCAAGUGCUGGUUUCCUCAACCUCCACCACAGGCUCCGGGACUGAGAACUCUGUGAAGACAUCUGGAUCUCCCACUGGGCCCGGCCAAUGCCAAGGGUUCAGCAACGUCUACUUCCUGCUCCUCUUACUCCUGAAGGUGCCUCUGCUCCUGAGCACACUCGGUGCCAUCCUCUGGGUGAGCAGGCCUUGGAGGACUCCUUGGACAGAGCCAUGGACAGGAGAACUUAUAAUACCCUGUGACCGUUGGUAUCCUGCCUGGAGACACAACCCCUCUGACUACAGAAAGGACUUCUGACCCUGACCCUCAUAUUUCUUUCCAUCUUAUUGCCAGAUACUUGUUAAAAAUAUAAGUUAAAGUAAAAAUGUAGGCUGGGUACGGUGGCUCACACCUGUAAUCCCAGCACUUUGGGAGGUCAAGGCAGGGAGAUCACUUGAGUCCAGGAGUUUGAGGCCAGACUGGGCAACAUGGUAGGACCUCAUCUCUACAAAAAAUAUAAAAUUGGCCAGGCGUGGUGGUGUGUGCCUGUGGUCCCAGCUACUUGGGAGGCUGAGAUAGGAGGAUUGUUUAAGCCCCAGAGGUAGAGGUUCCAUUGAGCCGGGAUUGUACCACUGUGCUCCAGCCUGGGUGACAGAGUGAGACCCUGUCUCAAA